AUGCAUGACGUCUCCGCACUCGCGGGUCGCUCCGUUUUGGACUGUGUCGUUGACCUGCUCCGGGGCACUAGGGCACAGAAGCGCAAGAUGCUUCGACGCUACGGAGAGCGCUGGAUUUGGCUCGGCGAAGACCUGCUUUCGCUCAAUUGGAAGUCGAAGAAGCGCGGUGUCGACCAAGGCAGGCUAAACUUGACAAAAGUUAAGAAGCUUCGCUCCCAGGAUAGAGAGCUUACGGUUGAGACAAACGACGGCCGCAAGGUAGGCCUUGUUCUUGCAACGAAGGAGGAAUCAGUUACCUGGCUUACCGGCCUCUCGUGUCUUGUCCCGAAAAAGGCAAAAGUCACAGAGUCGAAUAAGCUGCUGAAGGAGCGAAUCAGGUACGACCCUCUGCGAGAUUCAUGGAGGGGGAGAGCUGUAUCCACGAGAAAGCAUGUCAAUGAAUACAUUAUGCUCGGCGGCAUUGGACGGGGGUCUUUUGGAAAGGUCAAAUUGGCAUUGUCUACAGCCGACAAGAGAUUUUACGCUGUCAAAGUCAUUCUCAACGUGAAGAAGAAUGGUGUCUCCGAAUCCAUGAGUAACCGGGAGGAACAGGCUGUCCUGCGCAAGCUCGACCACCCUAAUAUUGUGCGACACAAGGACGUCCUGUUUGACCCGGAUCGAGACGGAUAUUGUGUUAUUGUCGAGUACAUGGCUCGAGGAGUUGUCAUGGAUUCGAGCAAGUUGGAGGGAGUCAAGCCCCUUUCAGAAGACGGCGUUAGGGAAAUUAUGCGUGAUGUUGUGGCCGGGCUUGAGUAUUUGCACUAUCAGAGAAUAGCACAUCGAGACAUCAAGCCUGACAACCUUUUGCGGUGUGGUGAUGGCACGGUGAAGAUAUCGGAUUUCGGUGAGGCGCGCAUGUACGACGUGUCAGCGGAAGAUCCGAGGGCCAAGGCCGCCGCCCCAGGGACACCCGCAUUUAUAGCUCCCGAAUUGUGUGUUUCCGAAAGAAGCCCGAAAGCACCACCAGAGUCGUACGCCGCUGACAUUUGGUCAUUAGGGGCAUCUCUGUUUUACAUGGUGUACGGUCGCGCUCCUUUCCUUGCAAAGUCGGUUUUUGAAAUUUACGACUGCAUCUGCACGCAACAACUCCGUUUUCCUGACCAACCCAAGGUUUCUCGGAAGCUGAAGGAUUUAAUCAAGAAGAUGCUUAUUAAGGAACCAAAGAACCGAGCCAAACUGCAGGACGUUGCGAAGCAUGCAUGGUUUGGUGAGAGAGUUGCGCAACGGGAAGAAUUGAAGAAGAUUCGCAUCACACCAGCUGAUGUCGAGAACGCGAUUGGCAAGGCAAGUUGGAAGAUUCCGAACGACAGAACAUCAGAUCUGGCUGAUUCUGUAUAAACAGAAUCAACGAUGAAUGUAGAGCCGAAGAUGCCCUUCUAAUCGAAUAAGAAAUAUGAAGUGGACUCAAAUAUUUUCACUGUACAAGUCUCUUAUCCCUCGUGAAUAUUUCUAAAGUAUUAACGCCUAUGGGUUCCAGGGCGGUUCGCAAGGGAUGGUGGAAGAAGGAAAAGAAGGGUUGUGGGAGAAUAAGGGUGAUUAGGCAACAUCCGAAAAUUGCCAAUUGGGAAGCUGUAGAACGUGGGAGUGUGGUCAACGACUAUACGAUACCGGCGAGGCCUUGGAGAAAAUCUAAGAUGUGACGGGUGACUUGUGAAGGUUUUUCGAUAUGCGGGCUAUGUCCGCUGUCCUUCACGAUCUCAAGUUUGCAGUUGUGAAUAGUGUCAAGACAUUUUUGAGAGUCGCCUUUCGGUAGAACACGAUCGUUUUCACCCCAUAAGACAAGGGUGGGACAAUUUAGGUGUUGCACCUUGUUGCUAAGACAAUACCCUUCGCCGAUGAUGAAAUUAACAGCAGCCUCCUUCCACCCGUCAGAUCUGCAAUGAAGACCGCCUAUCCUUCGAGUAUCGCAACACUUAAGUUUUUCGGAAUGGUAGGCUAAUUGUACGGCCUGGUUUCGAAGCCAGUCCGAGCGUAAGAUAUCGGCGCCCAUUGAAGCCAAUAUAGGAAACUUUUGCAUUAGAGGUGACGCAGGUUUAUCCGUAAAUGCCUGUGGUGCCAAAAGAGUCAACCCUCUGACCCGCUGCGGGUAGUUGAGGGCAAAA